AUGGCAAAACGGCUACUUGAUAAGGGCGCCGACCCUACUGUACAAGAGACUUACGGGCCCUACAAACAACAGACACUGCUAAUGGUAGCCGCGGAGAAUGGACAUGACGCUAUGGUCAAGCUGUUGCUCGAGGCGGGUGCCAAUCCAAACUUGAAGUCGACAGGUUUCCGCCCUCACGGCGGGAUGAAGUAUUUUAGUCGAACGCCUCUGUCACUUGCUGCGGAAAAUGGAGACGAAGCUGUGACGUCACUGCUUCUGAAUCAAAAGCAUAUUCAAGCCAACUUGAAAGACAACGCUGGCAGAACACCGUUUUACUAUGCCUUGGUCAACGGGCAUAUUUAUGUGGCGAACAAAUUAAUGCUUUCUGGCGGUAGUUUCACGGGUGAAAAGUUGGAACCCGACAGGUACUUCAACCGUCAAUCACCAAGAAUGCCGGCUGAACAGCAGGAUCUGGUUUGGAUUCGGGGCCUUGACAAGGCCACAAUCGAGGUUGAACGCGAUGUAGCGGAGCAAUCUAUGCUGAUUAAGAGUAUGCUUCAACUCAUCGGCAAUGGAUCGAGCAGCCAGGAGAAUCCCAUCCAACUCCCUUAUGCUAACGGCACCAUCCUUCGGAAGGUCUUUCGGUGGUGCAAGCAGCACAGGGACACACGCACCACCACCCGGAGAAUCAGGAGUCUUCAGACUAAGGAGUGGGAUCAGAACUACAUGCAGGUUAACAGGGCCCAUGUUAUGGAAAUCACACAGGCCGCGUGGUACCUUGGCAUUGACCGACUUUGGCGGCUUGGCUGCAAGAUUGUGGCUUUGGAAAUGAGAGAUCAAUCUGCGGAAGAGAAGAUUCGUGAGUAUUUGAAUAUCACCAAUAAUUUCACCCUCGAGCUGAAAGCAGAAAUCUGCUUGCAGUAUGUGUGGCCGACAGACGGGCGCUGUCGCGCCACGGAGAUGCUUACUUGGGCAUUCGGCCAACCAUCGUUGUUCCAACUGUAG